AUGAGUGUCCGAAAUACGAUAUCCAAAUUCAAUACAAUCGCUGACGAUACUGAUCACAAAUUGAAAAAGUAAGGGCUUUAAGAGCUUUUCUGUAGGUUAUGUAGAUUUUUUACUGUAUAUUUCAUUCUCUGAACUAUUUAGAAAUCCAUUUUCUAACACAUACGAGCAACAACAGUAUGACAAGUCAGCUUCUGAUUACGGCAGGCCCACUAAGGGAUCGCUGACGGAGAAAAGAGGAAUCAAGGCCGGAAAUUAUAUUUUGAAUCAGGUAAAAAUCACACACCCGACAUUACGACUGCUUUAUUUCAGGUUUUACAUCUGUGCGAGAUUAUCCAUAAAUACGGAGAAGGCCCGUUGGAAAGCAGGACAAUCAAAUUCGGCUAUCUCUUCAAGCUCUAUGAGUUUUAUUCGGAUAAGGUAAUGGGGCUAAGCUGAAAUUGCGCUAGACAAAACAUGAAGAUAGUGUAAAUCAAACUCAAAACUGUGCCUUUUGUUGACUUCCUAAUCAUUUUCUUCUAGGUGGUUGGUCUCCUAAUAAGAGCCCGCAAAUACAAGUUACUAACGUUCGACGGGGAAAUGUUAUAUCAGCGCCAAGAUGACCACAAGCCAAUUGUAAUGCUAAUGUCGAUCGAUGACAUCCGAUGUAAUGUUGAGUUCAGUGGAGACCCGGCAGCGGUGGUUACGGUCAAAAAGUAA